AAAUUAAGUAUUAAAGAUUCCGUGAAGGUAUAAUACAUAAUGGUUAUGUGUUUACUUAAAUUUGUUAAAAUAUAAUAAUAAUAAAUUCACUAAGUUAACAAUUCUUUUUCUUAUAUGGUCAAAGACUCAAAGGUCAUCCUACUCCUCUGUUGAAAAUUUUCAUUUUUUUAUAAAAAAAAAUAAUAAUAAAAAAAAAAAGAAAAGAAUUUGGAGUCCUGGAUGGUUAAAUUUUCCAAAAGAAAAUUUUUUAUUCGGGGAAAAAUCGUAUUUCUUUGAGAAUAUGUCUCAAAAACCAUAAAAUUCAAAAUAUAAAGGGAAAUUGAUGAAUAUCUGAAAAAAUGUUUUCCUCCUUCAUUCUGGAAAAGGCGGGAAAGCAAAGAGAGAAAAAUAGAUCGAGAGAGAAAACACAGAAAGGAGACCAAAGAGAGUGUUAGAGAGAGGAGAUAGAAAAUUUUAGAGCGAGAGAGAUAGAAAUGGCCGGAGAGAACUUGAAUAACGACUUGCAGAGCUUAGUCGAAGCCAUCAAAGCGUCAGAUGUUGUUGAGAGCCGCGCUCAACUGCUUAGCAAACUUCGGGAGUUGGAUAUAUCUGGGAAAUCUGAAUUGGCUUCUCUUAUUGAAUCUCUCAUAAUGUUUUGGGAAGACUUCACAUGUUUGGACGUUUCUCAGUGCAUGCUAAACAAAACUAUUGUAAAUGUGGCUGCAAAAUACCUGCAAUCUGACAUAUCCGGAUGUCUUGGACUAUUUCUUGCCCUAGGGACCAAGGCAAGCAUAUGGUGUGGAAAGCAUUUGAAGAUGACACUUAUGUCAACCGACGAAUCACAGGAAGAAGAACAUUGUAACCUCUUUUUUCAGUUGCUUUUGGAUUUGUUAAGCUACUCUGCUGCUAGUUUUUCAGCUCUGGCAAGAUAUCCUCUUCAAGUUGACAAGGAGUUGAUGGUUAUUGUUGAGAACUUCAUUAUCGAACAGUUAAACCUGACUAAGGAUUCAAUGCUGGAGAUUAAGAGAAUUCAUGCUUUUGGUUUGGAAAUACUGAAGAUAGCACAGGGAGUCCUUGAUGCUGUGAUCCGACUUUGCAAGGUGUAUUCUGAUGAUGUAAAUUGGGAUUUUAUCAAUUCAAGAAUUGAUAAAGCUAAAAACAUCAUAGAUUUUGAAGGGGCCGAUAAUGCAAUUCAUGUUAUCAAUACAACAAGUCGCUGUGUAGAAAAACUGUGUGAAUUGGGUAUCCUUGCAGCUAAAGAUGGUGGGAGUCUUGUGACUAUACUUAAUUUGUCAUGGAGAGGUGUGGUUACCUUGCUUCAGCUUGGCAAGGGCGCUUUAGCAGUAAAGGUGGAUGUGGCUGAUAUUGUUCUCACUCUAAUUUCACUGGCAAAUGAAUCUUUAAGAUGUGCAGCUGAGAAUUGGUCUUCUGUGCUGAAGGAAGCGGUUUCUGUGGCAGAUGCUAAAAGGAUAUUCCUACCAGUAAAAUUUUACCUGAUUAAUGCAGUAAGAAUAUCCUCCCAAUACCCAUGCCAAGCAUUUUCAAUAUACAGGGAUAUAACACUAUGUGUCCUGAUGAUCUCAACUUUCAGAAUCUCACUGAGUAAAGUGGAACUCCUGAAAUCUGCUAGUGAAUUGUUGGGAGAACUUCUGGAGCCAACAGCGUUCCAUUUACUGAAUUGUUUAUUAAAUUCAGCUCAAGUGAAACAGGAACACAAGUUCCAAAUUCUGGACUGGUUGUUCAUUGAUGAAAGUGAUUUAAUGAUUAUCCCUGGAGAUCGGAAUAGUAACUAUAGGACUACUUCAAUUGAUAAAAUGUUUUCUUUAAAUUGUGAUGCUAUGCAUGGAGCAAGAAUAUUAUUGCUUGGUCGGGUUGCUUUAUUUCUUAGUUUUUUGAAAAGUGCUGCUGAUCUUGAAGAAGAUGUAAUACUAGGGAUCACUAGAAAGCUUGGAUGGCUUUUUAAUGUCUUAAUUGAUGAGGAGGUGUAUUCUUCCGUCCUUGCUUUGCAAGUUCCUAUAUUAUAUGGUUCUAGUAAAACCCCGGAAUUAGCUUAUGAGCCUAUGUUUUCUAACAUUCUGCACGCACUGAAAACAUUCAUGAUUGUAGUCUAUUCCAGUCCAGCUUGGGGUGAAAUGGAAUCCUUCCUGCUCGAAAACUUCUUGCAUCCUCACUUCCUUUGCUGGGAGAUUGUUAUGGAACUUUGGUGUUUUGUGGUGCAUCAUGCUGAAAUAGACAUGGUGACUGACAUUAUUGAUAAACUUUGCUUAUUGUUGAGAUUUGUGGCUUCUUCAAAUUCGGUUCUUGUUACUGGUAGUGCUCUACGCAAAAUUGCAAGAUCAAUUUGCAUGAUUCUUUCAUGUUGUCCACAAAAUACGGUAGAUCGAGCUUACGGUUCCAUUGUUGGCAGUAGCGGAUCUAAGUUGUCAUCAAUUAUGUUUGUAGCCUUGCUUAUGGAAGGAUUCCAACUAAAUUUGCUUUCGGAUAAGAUGAGAAGUGUUGUCGAACAAAGAAUUGUAACUGAAUAUUUUGAGUUCGUGGAGAGCUUCAAUGACGAAUCGUUGAGAGUGUGCGAUUCUGAUGCGUUUGGUGCACCAGUCUUUGCUAUGUCUGCUGUUUCUCAGUCUCUCCAGGUCAGCAUAACUGAUAUUGACAUGAAGACCCUAAAGUUUCUAGUUUCUGUUAUUCACAACUACAGAAAUUCUGCGGACAACUUAACAAAGGACCGUUAUUGUAAGCUUCUGAGUGAGACAUUAGCAAUUAUAUCAACUGUGAAACAUCUAUAUGGAUUUGAUAAAAUGGAAGAAAUCAUUUUGGAGCUUCAAGGCCUUUUUAUCUCCGGUCCAGCAGUCCCAGACAUACAAUUGAAUGACUGCAAACCGAGUCUAGCUCUUUUCAUGGCUGGCCUUGGUCACAUGGAAUUGCCAGAAAGUGCGAAGAGCUCAGCUCUGUGGGAGUUAUUUCACAUGUUAUUAAGAGAGCGGCACUGGGCAUGUGUUCAUUUGGCAAUUACAGCAUUUGGAUAUUUUGCUGCCCGUACUUCUUGCACUGAGCUAUGGAGAUUUGUGCCAGAAAAUGCAGCUCUUUCGUUUGAUUUAGCGUCAGGGAAGGAGGCAAACGAGGAGAGAUUUAUGGCCGAGUUGAAGGCAUUUCUUGACAGGGACAUGGCUCUACUUACAACGACACCCAGCUCUGAUCAGCUUAGGCUGCUCAUGAAGGAAGGUCUUGUGUUAAAAGAAGCGGUACAAAAAUUUACAAAUAUUGAUCCAGAGCCAGAGCUGGAGCCGGAGGUUAUGGAAUGUAAAACCAUGGACAUUGAUGGCGAAAACCAAGCCAACAAGAGAAGGAAACUUCUUGAUGGAAUUAACCAAGGAGUGGAAUUGCUGCAGAGUGGUUUGAAAAUUAUUGGUGAUGGUCUUUCCCAGUUGCAACAGCAAAAUCAUUUCGACUCGAAUGAACUUCAGGACAAGUUCUUGACUCAUUUUUCUGGCCUUGAAGAUUGUAUUGCUCACUUACUAGAACUAGCCAAUAAUAAGUAAUAAUUCUAUCUUCAGCUCCAUGACAAAAAAGGUUGAAAAUAUGUAAUACAUUGUAUACUUUUCGAUGUAUAUUUCUGGCUUUCAUAAAGAGUAAUGUU